GGGCGGAGUGAGAGCAUACAUUCUCAGACUGAGGUGGGAGGUUUUAUAUGAAAGACUUGCGUUUAUAUCGUGCUUGAGGAUAUGGGUACACAGCACUGAUCUCGUUCAAACCGUGUGCUUCACGCGUGCGAAAACCACCCCAUCCCCAAAGCUGCCAGAUAUUACGCAGUCCGUUUAAAAGCAAAACCCACAGACUCAUUCCAUCAGUCAGCACUUUGGUCUCACCUGCACUCGCGGUGUUUGGGAGAGGUAUAGUGAUGGAUCAGGAUAAGUACCUGCCAGAUCUCAUUGCCGAGAAGGAAAGCUUGGACCCGUCGUUCGUGCAUGCGUUGCGCCUUCUCGCUGAAGAAAUUGAAAAAUUUGAAGGGGAUGAGUUGAGGAAGGAUGGUGAAGUAAGGAAAUACUUGGAUAUCAUCAGCAACAAAAACAUCAAGUUGUCAGAGAGAGUGCUGAUUCCAGUACAGCAGUAUCCUAAGUUUAAUUUUGUUGGGAAGCUGCUGGGGCCCAGGGGCAAUUCCAUGAAAAGAUUACAAGAGGAAACGGGAGCAAAGAUGUCCAUUCUUGGCAAGGGUUCGAUGAGAGACAAAGGCAAGGAGGAAGAGCUGAGGAAAAGCGGAGAGGCGAAAUACGCCCAUUUGAACUAUGAUCUUCAUGUUUUAAUCGAGGUCUUUGCACCAGCUGGAGAAGCGUAUUCCCGCAUGAGUCAUGCCCUGGACGAGAUUAAGAAAUUCCUUGUUCCAGAUUACAAUGAUGAGAUAAGACAGGAGCAGCUUCGUGAGCUUUCCUACUUAAAUGGCUCAGAUGAUACAAGCAGAGGAAGAACUGUUCGGGGGCGUGGUUUACGUCUGGCCUCUGCAGCCACCACCAGAGGUCGAGGAGGUGCAGCUCCACCCCCUUCACUUGGACGAGGAGCGGCAGCACCCAGAGGAACUGUGGGUACACGCACCUCCCUCCCCACACCCACACUUGCUCGAGGAGUAUCUGCACCCCGGGCCAGAGGAUCUCCAGGGACCCCUGGAUACAGACCAUCGAUACUGCAGGUCACGCACAAAUCAUACGAAGACUAUGGGUAUGAUGAUGGUUAUGAUGGGGAAUAUGAUGACCAGAGUUAUGAGGCCUAUGAUGACAAUUACAGUAAUCAGUCAAAAAGUGUCUCAGAGUAUUAUGAAUAUGGACAAGGAAAUAACGAUGACACCUACAAUAAUUACGCAGAAGAGGAGUGGAUAUCAUCCCGACCCAACCUAAAAGCUCCAGCAUCAAGACUCAGUCGAGGGGGCUACAGAGAUCACCCCUAUGGUAGAUAUUAAAGGUGCUCCAGAUCAUCAGAUCAUCAACCUAAUUUAGGAAAUAAUCUAAAAAAGGCAUCUUAAUAAUUGAUAAGUCAAUUGUGUUUUUAAACUCACCCCAAACUCUGGAAAUCCCAACUAGUUCCCUUGUUUUUAUCUGAAAUUGUGGAUUUAAAAUUGAAUUCAGUAUUUUUUUCGACAUGGAAUGCUCUUUCCUUUAGUUUUCCAUUGUUUGUCCCCCAAAUGUAAAGCAUGGAAUUAGCCUCAGUCAACACUUAUGUGAAAGCAAAAAUGUCUUCGCCGCAGUGAAGAGACUCACAUUGUAAAUAACAUCUUUCUUAAUACUUCUUGAUUUGAUGACGGUAAAUACUGAGUUUGUAUAUUUAAUUUUGAUAUCAGUAUUGGGUUUGAAAGCAAUUGGCUAUGUAAGUAGCCGCAUCAAGUGCUUUGCUUUGUGUGUAGCUUGUAUUUGUACAUACAGUAUAAAAAAUGUAAUAAAAAGGAUGUAAAGCGCCUUGUGCAAGCUUCUCUAAAUAGGUGAUCAUAAUUGUUAAACUUGUGUUGCUAUAAUUGUUAAUAAGGAUGAGAUCAUUUUUGUAAAAUUAGAUAGGUUGUCUAGUACUAAAUGCCUGUUUAAGCUGAGAAAAUGGCUAAUAUGUCUUUUUUUAUAUAUAUACAUAUUUAACAAAGAAAUGCAACAAAAAGAAACCGUCAUUUUGUGUAAUAUUAGAUAAGCUACAUUAAUACAAUUAAACUUUGUUAAAUAAUUUUUAACAUUAGCUCUAAAUUGUUCAUUGACUCUUGAGUAGUCAUUUAAAUGUUUAACAUGUUAAUCAACUGUUUAGAUCAAUAAAUUGAAUCUUUUUUAACACACUCUUUAAGCUUCAGCUUAUUAAACAAAAAUUGUGACCGACUUGUCUGCACUAGCAUCUGCACUAGAGAAAGAUAUGGAGAUUGAGGAGGUAAGAACGUCCCCACAUUACAAUAAGAUGUUCCCCAGCCUUUGGUGUUGCGUACUGCGACAUGCAGUACAGUCAAUUCACUCACAGGAGUGAAUGGGAUCCAGUUAAAUGUAAUGCUUUAUCUUUGCUACCUACAUUAUACAUAUAUAUUCUUCUGCUCUUUAUGGUAAUGAACAUCAAAAGGCUGGAUUUGUGUUGUAAUACCAAUGCUUUUAAAUAUCAGCACUAUUGAGGCCCCAAAGAGACCUGAACUCUUUUCUGUGACUGUUAGAACUGAAUGCUGACGCGUUUUAAGACACCGAAAGGAUGACUAGACGUUAAGCAGGUGCCAGUCUCUUUGUAAGCAGAGAUGCGGUGGAUUGAAUCAGACUUGGUGCUUUCCAGUCAGUAUGUGCUGCAAACCAGUUGGUGCGAAGCAAGAAAGCUGGACUUAUUUAGCUGAAGUGCUUGUAAACAGUCCGUGCAGAUGCUGUAUGUCAGUGUAACUUCUACUUAAAGUAUCAUGGAUCCUGAAGUACUUUCACAAAUAGGGACAUUCUUGGCAGAACAUUUAUCAGAUGAAAGCUGAACAAUGGUUUUGAAGAUUGACCUCACGUCUGGAUCGGCUCAUUUAAACCACAGCAGAGAGACAUGGAUUGCUUAUUGUGCAAUACUGUAAAAAUCCAAUCUGAAUUCUUCAAAGAGUCUCAAAUGAAAUCCGGUUUACAGUGAUUUACCACACCGUGGUAAAAGCAAUGUUGAGCCAAACAUUGUUUUAAGGUUUCAAAAUGACUAAAUACAUUUUCAUGCGUAAUCCUAUGCUGUAAGGUCUGGUAUUUAUAUAUAAUCAGUUGAUUUUUUUUUUUCUUUUUCUUUUCAUGCAAUCUUUUUAAUCCCAAAUGACAAAUGGACACAAAUGGAUAUAAUGAGUAUGUAAUUUAUGCAGUGUCUCAUCAGAAAGUAUAUGACAUUGCUAAAUGGUUAAAAUCUUUUGCAUGGUGGAUUGCAUCCAGGCAGAUUUGCAACCACUAGAUUUGCAAAAACCUUUCCCUGCUCCUUCACUUUACUUAAGGCCUUUGUCGCUCAGAGUUGCAUUUGUUUUGAAAACCUUCACUAAUUUAGAUUUUAUUUUUAUCAGUGUGAUAUAAUUUGAUAGUUUAUCUUUACAUGUUGCAUUAACCUCCAGCUUUAUUUCUCUCUAUAAGCAGGCUUGACGGCACAAUAAAGGGAUACUAAAAGCUAAUUGGCUUUAAAGGUCAGAUUUGAUUGUGAGUAGUUAUUUAUGCAAAAAAAAAAAACUUCCCUUAGGCCUUUUUGGAGUUUCGACAAAAGUAAAUGAUGCAUUUACCCCGAUAAUCAAAAAUAACAGUUAAAACCCCCUCAAUAUUUAUACAAUGAUUAAUGAAACCAUAUGUACAGUUGACACUUCAAUUUCAAACCAAAGUUAUGCCAUAAUGUACCUAACAGGAAAGAAAAUAUCUGUAUACACAUUUGAACUAUAUACAAUAUUAGCUUAAUAAGUGAAAGCAAACCCAGCAUAGGUUUAUUUAUAACCCAAUGGUUGGGUUUAUUAAAACAACCCAACAUUUUUUAGGAUGUAUAAUCAUAUAUUUUUUUAGAUAAAUGUUUGACAAGUCUCAGCCUGUCUGGUCCACCUCUGCUUUAAGUCUCUUGAUGCCUGUCACCUGUGAGAUGCUGUAAAAACUUCAGCCCAUUCAAUCAUGUUUUUCUAAGUGGUAAUUUAACAACAUUUAAGUGUCCUUGAGGUUGUCAUCACAGCUUAGACAGAAUUUAAAAUUAAAAUGGUCUUUUAACUGUACAAAUGAAGGUGCAUUCACUUCAAAUUCGCUACUGUAAGUCCAUGCCUCAGGCCAUUCGGAAAUCUUGCUUUAGCAUUUUGCCGAAUCUGUUAAAGGGUUCGGCCAAAAAUGAUAUUAAACCAUAAACUGUUAAUAAAUAUGGACGUAGUGUCCGUGACGUUAGAGUUCGGGUUAGGUUGUCUGUAUUGGUUUAUAACCCCAAGCGAAACUGGAAGAUCGUCGCAUACGUUGACAUCGCAUAACGUGAUGACAUCACCUUCCGGAAUUCCCUUUGAUCUAUAUCCGAUGCUGAGGGAUUAGCAUGAAAGCAACAGAGUUCCUAUUUUGUUGAUAUAGUGACCCAUAGGGGCACCUUCGCGUCUUCAUACAGAUGCUGAAGCUUUUUAAACAUGUUUCAGAUUCUGAUGCCUUGGGGAGUGAGAAUGGGUUGGCCAUCGCCAUCUUGGCCCCGUCACUCGUGGAUAACCGAAAAUGGGUAAAGAAGCGGGACAGGGGUUAAGCUGAGGUGGUAACCCAUGAUUUACUUACCCUUAAGCCGUCCAAAAUGCAUAUGUCCAUCAUUUUUCAUUCGAACACACUUUCAGUUAUUUUAGAAAAUGUCCUAGAUCUUUCAGAUUAUAAAAUAUAAAGAUAUGGGGUCCACUAAAUGGAGUCAAUUAUUCCGUUUAUAUUACGGUUACCACACCUCAAGACAUCGAUCACAUGAUAAAGGGAUUUGUUCGGUUUUUGUACUUAAAUCGCUAUUGUGAGUAGGACUAUUUCUUUCACAUCUCAUUCAACAGCUCUUUGGCUUGUUCCAAAAUGUCAUUUUAAAGCUGCCAAUGGAGCUUGAGCCGUUGAUAGCAUUCUAAUGCAGUUAUUAAUGAAGUUAUUACACUGAAAAAAAUGAUUCAUUCAAUUUAUUCAAUUUUUUUAA